GUCCUCCUGAGAAUUGGAUCUUCUUAAUUUUUACGAUCAUAUACUAAAAUGAUAAUUAAAAAAUUAUGGACGGCGUGGAUAUAGAAUAUAUAUAUCAAGGUGAGCCCCAAGGUAAGGGCCGCACCGUCUUGGGUGAAGCCGGGGUCUCACCUAAUCGGCUCCCCACCCCAAGAUUGAAAGCAGAGUCACUUGCUCUGUUCCCAGCUGGAAAUUUCAGGACACGAUCGUUCCACAAAUAAAAGCCAUCAUCAUCACCAUCGUUCCAGCUAAUUUUCACUAUCAGAGAUCUGUUUUUAAAUUGAGUUGCUUCUGAAAGCCUUGAAAGAGAGACUUCAAAUGGAUGUAGCUAUGGAAUUCCUCUGGGAGACUGCCAAGACUAUUGCCCCGAAUGCAUGGGUUCAAUACAACUACUCUAGAAACCUCCAAGAGAAUCUUAAUGUACUGAAAAACGAAAUGCAGGAGUUGAGUAGCCGAGAGUCCGACAUAAAGAAUGAACUGAAAACGGCGGAGGUAGUAUGUGGUAAGAAGCGAAAAGCAGAGGUGUGUUUAUGGUUGGAAAAUGUGGAAAAGAUUACAAGCGAAGUUACUAAGAUAGAAGAUGAUUCUAAACAAGCAAAGAGAUAUUUCAUCCCUUCUCAUUUAGCACUGGGAAAGCGUGUCGUAAAGAAGAUUGAAGAGGUGGUGAAGCUUAAGGAGAAAGGUCAAUUUUCAGAAGGGUUACUUGUUGAUCUAUUACCUGAAAAUGGAAGCAUGCCGGCUACAAAACUCAUGGGUAGAACAACAGCAGAAAGAAAUAUUUUAGAACAGAUUUGGGAGUCCUUGAUAAAUCAAGAGGUCAGAACUAUUGGUGUCCAUGGUUUGGAGGGAGUCGGCAAAACAACCAUCAUGACCCACAUCUACAAUAAAAUAGAGAGUUGUAGAAUAUUUGGCACUGCUAUUUGGGUGACAGUGUCUAAUGAUUCUAAUAUUGAGAGACUGCAGAAUGGUAUUGCACAAGCAAUAGGAUUGAAGCUUUCCAAUAAAGAGGAUGAAAUGAGAAGCUCAAUGGAAUUGUUUCAGGCUUUGAUGCGUAGGGAAAAGUUCGUUAUCAUCUUUGAUGAUGUGUGGAAAUCGUUUCCUUUGGAGAAGGUAGGGAUUCCCGAAGGCAAUGCAUACAAAAUAGUAUUGACUACUUGAUUGAAAAAUGUGUGUCGAGCCAUGCAGUGCCAGGAAAAGAUUGAAGUGAAGGCUCUUUCGAAAGAAGAAGCAUGGGAAUUAUUCAAGGAAAGGCUUGGGGCUGAUCUAGUGCUCUCUCCGGAAGUAGAACCCAUUGCGAAGCUUGUCAGUGAAGAAUGUGGUGGUUUGCCUCGUAGAAUCAUCACAGUGGCAAGUGAAAUGAGAGAAAAGGAUGAUAUUAGAGAAUGGAGAAAUGCAUUAGAAGAGUUAAAAUGCUCAAUGAGGGAGAUGGAAGGCAUGGAUGAUAACUGAUGUUAGGAUGGAUGUUGUUAAUUGUAAUUUAAUUGGGAAAGAGAGCUUCUUUGUUCUUCCCGAUUAUAUUCUUGUCUUGGUUAUGGGUGGAUGCGAGCUGUCAACAGCACCAUUACUUCUUUUAACCUCAAUGCAAGCACUGUUUCUAAACGAGCUUCCAAGUACUAGGGGUCUGUGUGAAGGAGGGAAUCAAAAGAAAAGUAGAACAAGAGCUAGAACAGUUUUUUUUUUUUUUUUUUUGAAGAACUUGCAAGUUAGUUUGACAUGACAGCAGCAAGAAAUGAAUGAUUCCGCUAAA